GAAAAAACCGUUUCCACAAUGGGAAAUGAUGUCCUGUUGUUCAUAGCUAUAAUACACUUAGUUUCAAUUCAGAAGAUUUGUUAUGCAGGGGAUACCAUUAAAUCCACUCACUUCCUUAAAGAUGGUGAAACCAUUGCUUCUUCUGGUGGAACUUUUGAGUUGGGAUUUUUUAGCCCAAACAAUUCAUCGAAUCGCUACGUUGGCAUAUGGUACAAGCAAUUGCCUAUUCACACCGUAGUAUGGGUUGCCAAUAGAGAUGCUCCCAUCACCAAUAAAUAUUCAGUGGUCUUGCAGAUGUUCAAUCCAGGCGGGCUAGCUCUUGUUGGUGGCAACAAUUCCAUAUUUUGGCAUACUAACACUUCCAAAUUCGUCCAAAAUCCAGUUGCCAGAUUAUUAGAUUCUGGGAAUCUAGUGAUUACUGAUGCAAAUGAUAGUAAUCCAGAGAAUUUUCUGUGGCAAAGUUUUCAUCAUCCUACAGAUACUCUUUUACCAGGCAUGAUGCUUGGAAAGAAUUUCCAUACUGGUAUUGAGAUUAUUCUAUCAUCAUGGAAGGCAGAAAACAAUCCAGGCUCGGGGGAAUAUAAAUUUCUGGUUCAACCUACAGGGUAUCCACAAGUGCUCAUAAAACGAGGCGAGGAAGAAGUGUUUCGGUCAGGACCAUGGAAUGGUCUGGAUUUGAAUGGAACACCAGGCAUGGGCAAGUUGGGAACCAUCACCCAAACUUUUGUAAUUGCUAACGCAACUGGUUUUUGGCUAUACUACAAGGUUUUUAAUAGCUCAAGCUUGGUAAGGGCAAUAAUAUCAAGCUCUGGGACCUUACAGUUCUAUUUAUGGGCAGAUGGUUCACAGGAAUGGAAAAUUCUCUACACUGCACCCACAGAUAUCUGUGACAGAUAUGGAUAUUGUGGAGCAAAUGGUAUUUGUUACUAUGAUAACUAUCCUUCUUGUAGUUGUUUAGACAAAUUUAUGCCUAAAAAUGCAGUGGGGUGUGUUCGGAGGACACCCUUGAGUUGUCAAAAUGGAUCCUCAGAUGGAUUCUUGAAAUAUAGUGGUCUUAAAUUUCCAGAUACAAAGUUGUCAUGGUUCAACAGCAGUAUGGACCUUAAAGAGUGUGAGAAAUUUUGCUUGAAGAAUUGCAACUGUACAGCUUAUUCAAGUUUGGACAUAAGUAAUGGAGAACAUGGCUGUUUGAUUUGGUUCGGUGAUUUGAUUGAUCUUAGAGUGCUACCUGGGCAAGAUCUUUUCAUUAGGAUGGCUGCUUCUGAUUUAGAUUACACUUCAAGCUCAAAGGGCAAGAAAUUAAAUAAUAUAGUAAAAUGGACUUCAUCAUUGUUGAUUGUACCGCUGGCUCUGAGUUUGGUGACUAUGAUUCUGAAACUCUAUAAACGGAAAUGGAAGGAGAUGGAACCAGUUCAAACAGAGUUGUUAUUGGUAGAAGAUCAAACGUUAUUUGAAGCAUCUACAAUAAUAAGAGCAACUGAAAACUUUUCAAUCAAGAACAAGAUUGGAGAGGGAGGGUAUGGACCUGUUUACAAGGGAGUUCUAGAUGAUGGUAGGGAAAUAGCUGUGAAAAGGCUUUCAAAAACUUCUACUCAAGGGCUUGAAGAGUUCAAAAAUGAAGUCAAUUUUAUUGCUAAACUUCAACUUAGAAAUCUUGUGAAUCUUCUUGGAUGGUGCAUUAAAGGGGAGGAAAUGUUGUUGAUAUAUGAAUAUAUGCCAAACAAAAGCCUGGACUCAUUUAUAUUUGAUAAUUCAAGAAGAGUGUUACUUGAUUGGACAAAACGCUUUGACAUUAUCAAUGGAAUUGCUAGAGGGUUUUUAUAUUUGCACCAAGAUUCACGUCUAAGAAUUAUUCAUAGAGACCUUAAAGCUAGCAACAUUUUGUUGGAUAUUGACAUGAACCCAAAGAUAUCAGACUUUGGCCUAGCUAGAAGCAUCGGAGGAAAUGAAACUGGAGCAAAUACAACCCGAGUAGCUGGAACACAUGGCUACAUGUCGCCGGAGUAUGCAGGAAGUGGAAUGUUCUCUACUAAAUCAGAUGUAUUCAGUUUUGGUGUCUCAGUGUUAGAAAUUGUGAGUGGGAAAAGAAAUAGGGGAUUUUCUCACCAAGAUCACUAUGAGAACCUUCCUAGCUAUGCUUGGAAGCUUUAUAGAGAUGGUAGAUCAAUUGAACUACUAGAUGAGCAUUUGGUUGAAUCGUGCAAUUUGACUCAAGUUCUAAGAUCAAUUCACGUUGGGUUAUUAUGCGUUCAACAAUACCCAGAAGAUAGACCAAGCAUGUAUUCCGUAGUUCAAAUGUUGUCCAAUGAUGCGGACUUGGCUAUUGCUAAAAAACCUGGUUUUUUCACAGGAAGGGCAAUUGAGGCCCAUAUUUCUACGGUGGAAAUAACUGAUUCUGUAAAUGAAGUCACCAUUUCAUUGUUAAAUCCUCGUUAAAAAUGAAUGCAUAAUCAGGUUGAGCUAGGGCUCCCCAAGUUUCUAUGUGUUCUUUCUAGCAUUCAUAGUUACAUUGUUGAACCUAAAACUCUUUUAAGCAUACAAGGACAGCAAAAUAAAUAUGCAUGUUUAUACCA